CAGGCAUUUUUUUUGUUUUUCCGCUUAUAUUGUUCACCAUUUCUUUUUGUUGUUACCUUUAUUUGCCGCAUUAAAUAAUUAGAUCUAGUUAAAUAUGGAGGACGAGGAGGAUCCGUUCGAGGGGAGUAUGGCGGUGGGCUCCGAGACUACAGAGGCAGAAAGGGAAUUUGUGAAGAUUCUGGAUCAAAUGAGAGAAGCUGAAAACUUGAAAUUAUAUUCCGACGUGUACACAAAACUGUACGAUUCCUAUUUCAAAAUUAAAGACGAGAAUUUUGGCCAUAUCGAGGAAAUAAACGCUCUGAAGACAAAGCUACAGCGUUUCGAUGACACGGUAUCUGAUUACAUUCAAGAAAUAACUGAAGCGAACAAAACCAUCGAAAGAUUGAGAGCGGACAUCGAGGAAGCUCGAGCACUGGCAGACGCGAUGCACGCCCGUGAGCUUCUCAGCGUCGAGAGCUUGGAGACAAUGAAGAAAACUGUCACAAGACUCGAGAAGGAGCUAGACGCAAGGAAAAGGGCCGGUGACGAUGAUGCAGGUGCAACAUCGGCAGUGAAAGAGAAGGAAAAGUUUGAGAAAGAGAAGGCUAGACUUCAAGGGGAAUUGGACGGGGUAAAGCUAAGACUGACGAACGCCCUGAGCUAUCAAGAGGAAUUGGAGCAAAGGAACACUAGCGCAGAAGAAACCAUCGCAAAGUUAGAGGAACAACUUGAGGAAGCCGACAAUAAUGCGGUGCGUCAGAAUCGUCUCGUGGAUCAUCUUAAAUCGGAGAGCGACACGCUGAAGUCUGAAGUCGAACGCAGAGGCGUGAGCAUAGGGAGCCUUAACGAUAAGAUAACGAAAGCAGAGAGGAUGCUAGAAAGACGGGACAAGCAGCUCCGCGAUCUGACGGCGAGGUUGGAGGCGGCUCAGCUUGAGCAGGAGGCUGCUUCCGCGAAGGCGACGCAGCUGAGAGAGCAACUGGACAAUUUGCACAUCGAGUUCGACAAGAACAAACAGGCUUUGACCAACACUACCAAAGAAUUGAAGAACAUGAUCGACGAUGGUAACAGACUGCGCGCCGAGCUUACGAAGCUCACGAAGCAGGCCGUGCAGCAGAUGAAGAAGUACCAACUCCUCGAGCAAAAUAAAGCGAAUGUAGAAUCUGAGAGGGAGAGACUACGUCAGCAAGUGAGUGUAAUGGAGCGAGAGAUAAUGCUGAGCAAGAAACAAGCAGAGUCCGACAAAAGAGAAAUAGAGAACUUGAACAGGGAGAAGGAUAUAAUGAACAAGAACAUGCAGAAGAUACAGAACGAGGCAAUGGAGAACUUGCAAAUGUUGAACCUCCAGGAACAGCGGCGGAAGCAGCUGGAACACGAGCUGGAGAUAAACGCGACCCAGAUCAACAAGCAACGUCUCAUCAUACGACAACUAGAAAAAGAUAAAGACAGGUUCCGGCGGAAGAUCAGCGCCUCAAUACCGAUCGACUCGCUACCGUUAGGUAUUGCUGAGCCGGUAACCUUUCCAGGCCUCGUGUUUUUUUAG